GCCUCUGACAGUGAACAGUGGUCACAACCGGCUACAACGAUGGCAUCUGGUUAUCACUGUCUCCAUACCAGACUUUGUGGAGAGAAAGGGCUCGUAUUCCUUAAGGUCAGAUCACAUGAAUUAUGGAAGGGCUACACUGAAUUCAAAUUGGGACCAGGCUCGGGAGUCCGAGCCAAAGGAUUAUGACAUCAAUACUUCACCAGUCCGUGAUCUGUGCAAAGCUACGUAUACCAGGAUUGGCAGUGUCACUGAUGGGUCACUAAAUAAAACGACAUACCAAGCACAUACUGAGCAGCUGUUUUUAAAGAAAGACUAUGAAGAACGCGAGACAAGAAAGCCCAUGAUUACACAAGAAACACUGGCCCAUGCUCACUUAGACAGAGAAAUUCCUGGCGUCCCUAAACAUGGAGUUGGUGCUGUGUUACCAUGCCAUAAGCCUGACCAUAACAAAUAUUACCUGGAGACUACACACAAAGCAGACUUUAAAUCACCUCGACCAUUUGAGCGCAAACCGGAGAAAAUGGUUGAUUUCCCUGAUGAGUCAGCAGCUUACAGGAGGUGCAUAUCCCAGUUUUCUGACCCAGAUGGCAGCAAGCGGCCAGGCAGGAACACAUGGCAGGACGAAAGCGGAGUGUAUGCUAACUCGCACCUGAAGCAGCAAGUCAAAGUCUACCAGUUCAGAAACCCUAUUCCAUCAAAUUUAUUAUAAUGUUAUACUGCAACAAUAUGGAAAUUUCCACAGACAUUACUACUCUACAUUGUACAUUUUUAAUACUCCAAAUGAUCUAAAACCUAAGUAUUUAAUGUGACUGUCAAAGUUUUAGACAGUCUGCAAACCAUGUUCAUUUUUACAAACUUUUAUACAAUAGUAUUAACUACUUUUUGAGGACUAUUUUGUUAAGGGGUCUACUGAACCUGUAUAUGUUCCUUAAGAUCAGAUUAACUUUGUUGGUUUGACAUAAAAUCCACACCCAUGUGUAUGCAUCUUGCCAAGUAAAUUUAUAAGUGUUAAAAUUACUGCCUCUGUUGAGCUAAGAAAGAUUUUAUAAUGAAACAAAAUCAGUAUAGAGUCAUCAAGUGCAGCAAUUUAUAUUUUGUGCUAUAUUUUGUGUUACUUAUGACUGUAAUUUGGAACUACAAGAAGAAAUAAACUUUUCUUUAAA